GCGAACGAGAUCGAGGGCGCGGGAGAAUGAGGCGAACGAGAUCGAGGGCGCGGGAGAAUGGGCGGGCUCGCUGGAGAAGGAUCCCGGCGGGAGCACCGGAGAUGGAUGGCGGCCGGCUCUGCUAGGGCUGAAGAUGAGCCGCCAUGGCCUCCGCCUGUCUCGAUCUGUUUCCCUGUCGAUGGCGAUUGGAGGGAGACGAGGAGUCGGGCCUGAGGCUUGGGAUAGAAAGAUAAUGGUUCGGUUCAGUAAUGACAUUGGUGGGUAAAUUAUUUUAAGUUUAGGUGAAGUGGAACAGGUGAAGCACCUUUUUCUUGACUCGAGUAGAAAUAAACUAGAGAGGUAUAUGGCUUCACUUCAACCAUGCGGUGAAGUUUAGAGUGUUUGGAAUGACUUCACCUGCUCCACUGCUGAAAGUGUGAAUUGGAGCCAUCCCAAACAGGCUCUGAGUCCGUAGCGGCUGUGGAGUCAAACUUCACUGCACAACUGCUCUCCUCCGUUGAUGGUUCCCAACGCAGCAGCCAAAGCGGCUCUCGUCACACCAGACUGGCCGUCCCGCUUCCCGGAGGAAAGCCAGAGAGGCGCGGAUGCACGGAGCGCGGCGCCGCAUAAAUGCCCCAAGCACCCAACGUUCAGACUUCAGCGAUCACCCUGCUUGCAGCUUGUCCCACUAGUCCCCGGCUCUCUAUUAGCCCAAGGCAAGCUAGUACAGUUCGCUUGUUUUCGCUUAAACACAAGCCUUCAAGAUGGUCUCGCGGGCCGUGGUGGCCGUGUUCGUAUUCUUAUUCUGGCCGGCUUUGGUUGCCGUCGGCUCCUACUCUCUUCUGGGCGGCGGUGGCCGUCGGCUCCUACAUCUGCGGGCCGGUGGUGGCCGUUGGCUCCUACAUCUUCUUGACGGCGGUAGCCGUCUGUAGCAGCUUCUUUUGGCUGGUUGUUUCCGUGUGCUCCUACUUGUUCUGGCUGGUGUUCGCCGUGUGGUCUUACCUCAUCGGGCCUGUGGUGACGAUGGAGGCGCCAGACGCGGCCGGGAGGUUCAUCUCGCUGCAGGCGUUCGAGGCAUGCCCUGCGGUCUACUAUUCCCUUCUCCGCCGCUUCGGAUCCGCCGUCGCCGUGCCCGUGUUCGGUGGCCUCGUCCCCGGUUUCCUGAUCCACGCUAUGUGUUCUGUAAGCACUGCUCUUCCUCAACCGUUCGUGCGUCUCUUGACAUGGCUUUCGUUUCAGUCUUGUACUAUAAUCACUCCUUUCUCAACCAUUCGUCCGAUCUGAAAGUGCUCAUGGAAGCAAAUGGGUUUGCCACAGAUCCCUGCAGCAUGAAUAUUGAACGUCAAUGCUCAUUAUAUGAUGUUGUGGCUAUUAAUAUCUCUUUUCUAGUAGCGCCCAUAUCUUACUCUUAACAAGGAAUACUUAUACUUUGUUGCAUAUUCAAGGGCACCGAAGUUUAUAUUUUGCUUGAAGAGUUGAAAUCGUGCUACAACUAGCUAUGAUUGAUCAGAAAAUACAUGAAAAGUUGAAGUUAUGCUACGUAAGGCUCACAUUAUAUAUCUUGGGGCCCCCCAUUAUCUUGAGGUGCAGUGUGUAGUUUUUGUUUUGCCUUACUCUGUUUUUAUGGGUUAGCAGGGGUUGUACUUUUGCCUUAUCGUGUACUUCAGCUUCAGAAAAACCUCUCUGUUGACAAUUAGUGCUCGUUGUGUGUCUCCGGAUAAUUAGUGCUCGUUGGUCGAGUUAGUUAUGUGCUAAUGUGCUCGCUAUGGAUCGAGUACUGUACUCCGUUGCUACCCUUUUUGUGCUAAGUCGUGUCGCCUCAAUGGCUAGUGUCAACGAAUCUGAAAGUGUAUUUUGUACUUUUCGUACUCUGGACUCUGGUGAUUACCGUGUUUGGUUUUGGGACCUCUGCAAUAUGCAAUAGAGAGCAUAGUUCUUCAACAACUUGCGUGGUUUCGACUAAUUUUUGCAUCGAGAUCCUGGUUUCACCUCCUCUUUGAUCAAGGAUAGUUUUGGUCAAUUGGUUGAUGAGGGCCAUGGUCUAUUUCGAUCAAGGAUACCUUCGGUAAUCCUCGUCACUUGUCCGUUUCCAUUGAUUAGGAUUCCAUUGAUUAGGAAACACGACGCAUCAUAUAAUUCCGCUAGUCCUACAUGAAAUUCGUGGUCAAAUUUGAGUAUGUUCAUGAACAUUGAGUUCUUCAACUGGAAGAAUGCACGCUCACUGCACCCUACACCAGAUACUCGUGUUCUAAUAAAGCAGAGCUACAAACAGUAUCACAGAAUUAUUUUGCACCGUCUAUUUGCUUUGAUUUAAGGGCUGAGAUCCGUUGAUACUCCUCGUUACUCCGAUUUAAAUAUGUGAAGUAUUAACCCAAAACUUACGGAGUAUCAAGACACAGGUGGUAAAAAGGUAAUCCUCGACACACAGCGGGACCCCUCCCGUGCCAUGCUCCUCCUCAGUGGGCCAUCCGCCUCCCUCGCCGCCGGCGAACAACUACUUGCAGCAGCAGCAAGGGCCUCCCCGCCGAGGAACAACUACCACCAGCAGCAGCAGCAAAGGCCUCCCCCACCGAGGAACAACUACCAGCAGUAGGGGCCUUCGUCUCCACCUCUCAGGAACAACUAUGGCCAGCCUCCGCCCCAUGAGCGGUCAGCGAACUGCAGCGCCUCCCCACCGUCCAGCCCCACCCGGCGCGCGCCCCUCCCAGCUGCCGCCCAAGGCCCUCAACGCCCCUGGCUCCUUCGGCAAGACGAUGGGACGUUGUGCUGCACUUGCUAGUUGGCCGCGGCCGCCGGCGGAGGACAUCGACGCGAGGAGAGCGGCAGCGGCGCGCUGGGAGAAGGACGUCGGCGGAACGCUGCGAUGAGGACGGCGGAGCGCGAGCCGCACUGCAAGGAGGCCAGUGAACGGCGACCGCGACGCCUGGCGGAGCAGAGGGGAUCGAUUGAACAAAUUAGUCGUGGUUUUAUUUUUUUACCAAUGUGAAAAGACCCUAAUACCCUUCCGUGAUACUCUGUUUGGUCCUAAAUGAGUAUUGGGUACCGCAGAAACUGUCACAAUUAUAUGGAGGAAUUAUUUAGCAGAGUAGCAGAAGAUGGCGGUAGAUUCGGUCCGAAAAAAUAAGGAGCAGCUGUCACCGCUGCGAGACUAGCUCGCUGGCACUAGACUGUUUUUCGGUGUCUGACACACCCUCUUCCUCCUAACCCUCAGUUGGGUCAUUGGACUUACCUCGCCGGUGGCUCAUCACCUACUUGUGUCCGUUGUUUCCGUCGGGUUCAGCCAUCGUUCCGGCUUAGACUCUCCUCGCCAUCGUCAUCAUGGCCCACUGCACCAUCGUUGGCUCUGGCUUGCCAUGGUCUUCUUUCCAUGGUUGCCUCCAUUGCCCGUCGCUAUCGUCAAUUCCGCGACUUUUCGGCAUCUCGUUUCACCGCUGGUUGUUACUUGACCUUGAGAGGAAUAAUGAAGGCAGGAUUCAGGUACCCAUGCCAUGGCAAGCAUUGGCGGAUACUUCGCUUUGGGUCCUACAAGUUUCGCAUGCAUUUCAAUUUAACUUUGAUCAUAAAAUAGAUAACUUACAUGCUUUUGGUAUGUCCAACUCGUCUUAUUAUUAUUCAGAGAUCAGUCAAUUGUCAACCGUCCAGCUGUCGGAUCUGGUUUAUAGUUUAAGAUUCAAAACAAAUAAUUGAGAGCAGUAGGGGUGGCGCUCAGAUACUUAUUCAACGGCUCUCGUAGGGUCAAUGAGAUAUAGGCUUUUUGCUUAAAAAUCUGACAGAUGAGAAAUAGACACAUCAUUCAUCCUAAAAAUUAAAUCAUUCGAAGACUUUUUGAUUGUAAUGAUUUUUUGGCACAUAAUCCAUACUUUACUGAUAAAAUUAACUUUUUUGAAUUCAAAUUUUGAUUGUUUGUAAUUAUUUUUUGGCGCAUAAUCCAUAAUUUACCGAUAAAAUUAACAGUAAAAUUUGAAUUUCGAGAUAUCAGAAAGAAAACAAGUACUCCGUGUCACAAGGUGUGGGAUACUGGGAUGGCAGACUGCUACCCCGUGAGUCCGUGACUUGUUGACCAGACUUUACCAAGUCUUUGCUUUUACUUGUACAACACUUCAUCUUUCAAGUCAAUAAAGAGAGCAAAAGCUGCAGGCCAGGCAGCACCAAAACGCGUGUGUGUCCUCCUCCUCACUUCUCUCACUCUCCAGCUAGUGUGUGUGUGCUCCAAGCUUCGGCAAACACCACAAUCUAGGUAGCCAGCCGGCCGGCCCGGAGAGAAAGCGAAUCGUGAUUGUUAUCGCUUAUCACCUUCAAGAUGAUCUUGCAGGCCAUGGUGGCCGUGUUCUCAUUCUUCUUCUCGCCGGCAUUGGCGUUCGUGGGCUCCUGCAUCUUCUGGCCCGCGGUGGCCGUCUCCUCCAGCUUCUUCUGGCUAUUGGUUUCCGUGUGCAACAGCUUCUUCUGGCCGGUGGCGGCCGUCUGGUCCUACGUCAUCGGGCCGGUGGUGACCAUGGAGGCGCCGGGCGCGGCCGGGAUGUUCGUCUCGCGGCAGGCGUUCGAGGCAUGCCCUGCGCUCUACCACUCCCUGCUCCGCCGCUUCGGAUCCGGCGUCGCCGUGCCCGUCUUCGGCGGCCACAUCCCCGGUUCCCUGAUCCGCGCCGUGUGUUCUAUCCCUGCAGCAGCGAGGAGGCUUCUACAGCGGAGCGCGGACGGCUUCGACGGCGCUGCCCUAUGGGAGCUCGUCAAGGCGAAAGCCGACGAGCUCUUCCCGCCGGAGACCCGCUGGGAGACGCUCGGGCGCUGGCUGCACGUCGCCGUCAACAAAGCGCUCCCGGCCUCGCUCGGCGCCCUGGCGCUGUUCUACUUCUUCCGCGGCUGCUGGAGGACCGGGCGCGGGCUCGGGAAUGUCAGGAUUAAUCUUCAGUAGUCUAAUUAGGAAUGUGUUUCCGUGUUGUUUUGUUACCAAGACGUGAGUUACUAGUUCUGUCAAAGUAGUGAUGCGUCUGUAUGAGCCGCAAGCAUGCGACGCGUCUGUAUGUUGAGCCGCAAGUAUGCUUCCAUUAGACUUCUGUACGUGUUUUUUUAUUUUAUUUUCUGCAAAGAUGUUUCUGUGUUUAUUUUCUA